AUGUCGAUUAGAUUGAUUUAGUAACUCAGUUCAUCUGAUUAAUUACAAUUAACACCAACCAUUGUUUUAAUUGAUUCAGUUAAUUAAAACUAAGCUAGUAGUGGAUUAGAUUUUAAUUGUUGUUGAUUUUAAUUUAAUUGUUUUAAAAAUGUUUUCAGUGAAAAACUUUCUCGCAUUUAAUAGUUUAUCAAUCAUCUUAAUCACAGUUUUGAAGGUGUCCAAUGCUGCUCCAACGACAAUUAACUCUGAUGACAAUCAAAUUAACUCACUAAAUGAUAUUGAAACUGAAUACAAAGUUGAUGAUUAUGAUUAUGAUUCAAUUGAUUUAGAUGGUGAUUUUAAUUUAGUUUCAUCGACCCCACCAACUUUAACUUCAUCAACUUUUAUUUAUUAUGAAUCAACUCAUCAUGAUGAUUUAGUUGAUUCAGUUUCCAAUAAGUCAGAUAAUUUACCAAAUGAUUUUGUAACUGAAAAUACAAAGACAACUGAUUAUAUUGAAACAAUUAAAGUUACUAAUCAAGAUACAACCCAAUCAACACUUGAUAUAAAUGAUUCAUCGACAACAAUUAACGACAAUAAGAAAUUAACUCCUCCAUUGAUUAAUCCUUUUGAAGAUUUCAUAUUUGAACCACAAGAAAUUGAACCGACAACAAGAAAAACGAUUGAAACAGAUCAACAAUUAACUAAUUUUGACACAACCACUCGAUCCGAAAACUUAAUCACUGACAAUAAUGAGUUAAUUGUUGAUGGUCAAACGGCCAAGGUAAAUAAUAGAAAUGAUUUUUGGAUAUCAACAGUAACUCAAUCAACUAAUUACGAUGAUGAAACUACUAAAUCAUCAACGAAAACUGAAUCAAUUACUGAUUAUAUAACCAGUACAAUCAUAUCAACUACUGAUGGACAACAAUUAACAACAACUGAUUCAGAUGAUUAUCAAUCAACAACUUUCGUUUUUACUGAUAGACCAGUAACUGAAUCGAUUCAAGUUGAAACAUCAACAAUUAACUUGACCACUGAUCAAAGAGAUGAUCCAACGACCAUUGAAUCAAUUAAUUCAGGAUCAACUCAACAAAUAACUGAAUUUAUAUCUACAACAACUGAGAUGCAACAAUCAACAAGUGAUUCAGUCACUGAAAUGAUUUCAACUCAAUCAGAUGCAACCAUCUCAACAACUCAAGGACAAUCAACAACAACAACUACAAUUAAAUCAGAUGAGCCGACAAUUGUAAUCACAGAAACACCUCAAUUUACAGUUACAAUUACCACCACAAACAUGAUACAAUCAACAACAAGUGAUUCAAGAUCAGAUAUUUCAGCAGAAACAACAACAAUAGCAUCACAAUUAACUUCAACAAUCAGUGAUAUCACAACGGAAUCAAUUAUUGAUACGACUACACAACAAAUUAUUGAAUUAACAACAGUCUUAGAAACUCAGACUGAGCAACAAUUAACGACGACCCUUGAGCCUGAAGCCACAAAUGAACCACAAUUAACAACGACAGUCAAGCCAGAAAUCAAGACAACGACAGAAUCAACAGUUUAUACAACAACAAAUCAUCAAGAUGAACCUGAAAUUACAAAAAAAUUAACCACAACAAUUAGCCCUGGAAUCGAGACUACAACUGAAUCAAUGGUUGAUACAACUACUCAACAAACCAUUGAAUUAACAACAGUCUUAGAAACUCAGACUGAGCAACAAUUAACGACGACCCUUGAGCCUGAAACUGAAGCCACAAAUGAACCACAAUUAACAACGACAAUCGAACCAGAAAUCGAGACAACAACAGAGCCAAUGAUUUAUACAACAACAAUUAAUUUUGAAACUUCAACAACUUUUCAAACUCAGACUGAACCACAAUUAACCACAACAACUAAACCUGAAACUGAAGCAACGACGGAGCCAAUGAUUUAUACAACUACAGAGCAAUUAACAACGACUCCUCAAGAUGAACCUGAAACUACAACACAAUUAAUCACAUCGACAACAAUCAGUGAGAUUACAACUAAAUCAACAACAGCCCCACCGACUCAGACUGAGCCACAAUUAACCACUACAAUCAAGCCUGAAACCGAAGCAACAACAGCAGACCCACAAUUAACAACGACAAUCAAACCAGAAAUUCAGACAACAGAACAAUCAACGACUCAACAACCAGAUGAGCCAAUAACACAAUUAAUCACAACAAUUAAACCCGAAAUUGGAACAACAACCCAAUCAACUAAAACAGAAUCAAUCACAGAAACUGAACCAAAAACUGAAACCACAACAACUAAAAUUGAAGAUAUAACAACUGAGCCAAAUAUUCCCUGUGAUUGUGAUCAAUCAAACUUUGACGAAAGACCAGAUUGUCAAUUCAUUUGCACUUCAUCAUCAUUUUUUGCUAAUUUCCAUAUCAAUUUAACCUUUUUUGGACUUAAAAUUGCAACCAUUUUAUCAGAUCCUGAUUACUUGAUUUGUAUUGCACUUGGAUUAGGAUUUUUAUUGUUAAUCAGUGGACUUACAUUACGGUUAAUUCAUAGGAGGAAACAACGUAAAUUAAUUGCUCAACGUAACUUUGAUAUACUUUAUCAAGACUUCGGAACAAUUAACGAGAAAGAUAAACAAUGGUUAGCCGAUUUUAAAUAUCAAUCAUCAAUAUUAUGAAAAAGCUAAUUAAUUUAUCGUUUUUUUAUAUCAAUUGUUAAUUUUUUAAAUAAUUUUUUCCUGAUACCAGGAAAAACAAAGUUCAAUAAAAUGUAUUUUCAAUUCCGAUGAUAA